UGCAAUAUAUGGUUUACUAUAGAAAUAUUGAUACGAUUUACAUGUUGCCCGUCCCGCACGGAGUACCUAAAGGCUCCAGUAAACUUGAUAGACAUUGUUGCUACGGUUACAUUUUAUAUGGAUGUAUUAUUCAAUACUUUUGGUGCCUCAGCAGAUCUCGAAUUCUUUUCGAUCAUUAGAAUUAUGCGAUUAUUCAAGCUCACUCAUCAUAAUAGCGGGUUAAAGAUUCUUAUGCACACAUUCAGGUGGGUAAAAACACUCUCAUUAACUUGGGUUACGGUAGCUCUUCUAACCUUUUCAGCUUCUGCAAAAGAGCUUAUGCUUCUGGUAUUUUUCCUCGUUCUGGGUGUUGUCGUAUUUGCAUCAUUGGUAUAUUAUGCAGAACGAGUGGAACCAAAUCCUGACAAUCAGUUUCAAAGCAUACCGAUUGGAUUGUGGUGGGCAAUAGUCACCAUGACUACCAUUGGUUACGGUGAUAUUACCCCUCACACGUAUCUUGGACGGUUGAUUGGUUCAAUUUGUGCUCUUACUGGUGUGCUUACGAUUGCACUGCCAGUACCAGUCAUCGUCUCCAAUUUUGCCAUGUUCUACUCACACACGCAAGCUCGAUCAAAAAUGCCGAAAAAGAGGAGAGGUGCACUUUCUGUAGACCAGAUAAAGCAACAUCCACAAAUCCAUCAUCGAAGCAAUGGGCCGCGACGACAUGGCAAUGCUGGCGAACAUACUCCUCUUGUUUCUUCCAUUAACAAUCAUGCUCCUCCACCUCAUACGAUGAUCUGAUU